AUGGCUGGUGCCGCAGAGAUGACCAUCAAGAUUGGCUUCACAGUGUGGGAGAUGUUUCUCAUCGACCGUUUUGGCAGGCGAAUGUGUCUCGUGGCGGGCUGUUCUGUGAUGGCCGUGGCCAUGAUGAUCAACGGGGGCCUGCCGAUCGCGUAUCCGGACAACUCGAGCAAGGUAGCUGAUGUCAUCUGUAUCAUUUUCAUCUUUGUCUACGCCCCGGGCUACAACCUUGGCUUCGGCCCGGCGUCAUGGGUGUACAAUACCGAGAUCUUCCCCACGUCGGUGCGGGCGCGGGGGCUUAAUUUCGCGGCAUCGGGUGGCUCGGUCGGCUCCAUUAUUGUGUCACACGUAUGGCCUGUUGGACGGGCAGCACUGGGCAGCAAGGUUUACUUCAUCUUCAUGGUGGUCAACGUGCUGUGCAUUCCGAUCAUCCUCAUCUUCUACCCGGAGACAAGAGGCAUCGCUCUAGAAGACAUGGAUGCGCUUUUCGGUAAGGUUGCGACGGCGCAGGGGGUUGACGGCGGCCACCAAGGGCUGGAGGAUACGGAACGGCUGCUGGCGCCACAGUCACUAAGUGACGCGGAGGAGCCUUAUCAUGACGUAUCCACGAGGGUGUGA